AUGGUGAAGGAAACUGCUUACUAUGAUACAUUAGGUGUUGAUGUUGAUGCAUCUGCUGCAGAUAUCAAGAAGGCUUAUUAUGUCAAGGCAAGAAUAGUUCACCCUGAUAAAAAUCCUGGGGAUCCCAAGGCUGCAGAAAAUUUUCAGCUGCUUGGCGAGGCCUACCAGGUUUUAAGCGAUCCCGAUAAGCGUGAAGAAUAUGACAAGAAUGGAAAGGAAGGAGUGUCACAAGAUUCCAUGAUGGACCCUUCAACUGUAUUUGGAAUGCUUUUCGGAAGUGAAUUUUUUGAAGAAUAUAUUGGAAAACUUGCACUUGCUUCUUUAGCAUCUAUAGAAGUUGAGGAAGACUCACCGGAGCCUCAAGUUCGUAUGCAAAAAAUUCAGGAAAAGAUGAAAGCAUGGCAGAAGGAAAGAGAACAGAAGCUGAUAUCGGUUCUGAAAGACCGUUUGCAACCAUUUGUUGAUGGUCGAGAAGAAGAAUUUACAACAUGGGCAAAUUCAGAAGCGAGUAAUCUUUCAAAAGCUGCUUUUGGAGAGGCCAUGCUACAUACAAUUGGUUACAUCUACACACGAAAAGCAGCAAAAGAAAUCGGAAAGGAUAUUCGCUAUAUGAACGUUCCCUUCUUGGCCGAGUGGGUUCGAGACAAAGGACACCGUAUAAAGUCACAAGUGACAGCAGCCUCAGGAGCUGUGUCCCUAAUUCAAAUACAAGAAGAGCUCAAGAAGCUAAAUCAAGGAGAAAAUAAAGAAGAAAAUGUAAUGAAAGCUCUUGAAGAUAAGAAGGAAGCCAUGGUUAAUUCCUUAUGGCGGAUAAACGUGAUUGAUAUUGAAUCAACUCUGUCGCAUGUUUGCCAAGCAGUUCUUCGAGAUCCUACUGUGUCGAAAGAAGUUCUGAAGUCUCGAGCCAAAGCAUUGAAAAUGUUAGGAACUAUCUUUCAAGGUGCUAAGGUUGCUUUUAGGAGAGAGAAUAGUCUGCGCCGAGAAAGCGAGAAUCGGGUAGAAGCUGGUCCCUCAACAUAG